CCACAACUUAAGCAUUCGCAAGAAACCCAUGGGCCGCGCUAAACGCGUCUAUCCAACGCGCUUAGGCGGCAAACCAUAUCCCUCGAAAAACAAAUCCAAUUGACACCCAAAGUGCAACCGUCGGUCGAUUCCAGUCAACCGCAUGUUUCACACCACCUGACCUGAGCAACUACUCCCAUUUCCACUUUCGAUUGAUUGAACUCAAUCGACCCUCCCAUUCCUUCGCCAUUCCUCUCUCGAACUCGGUCUGAUCUUUGACAGUCCGAUCCCUUCGCAAAAUGCGAUGACGACGGCGAUGGUUCAGUCCAUGACAACUCGAUACACCUUGAGAGCCUGCUCCUCCAACUGGACAAGGGAUACCUUGACGAGAGGCCAUCGAUUGUGUUUGUUCAAGGAGGACGCAGCCUGGUUUUCUACGAGUCCCGCGAAGACCGCUCACGUCCAAAAUUCUUGUCAUUAUGCACGAACAUCAAGGAGCACAGACUUUGGUUCCUCAAACUUGGGCCUCACGAUUUUGAAGUAUGUUUAGCGGACUGGUGACUGAGCGUUGGGUUAUGGCUGUAUCCUAACAUACUUUUCAGAGACCCGAUCAGAAGAUGGGGAGCGGGAAGGGCCGUUUCCUUUUCGACCUUUAGACGUCUGGAGAAAGAGAACGGACACAGGUAUGAAUGAACUGGAGCGCUUUACCACUUCUCGUUUACGACUCAACUCUGGAUGAUUGACUUUCUUUGCAAGGGAAAACAAAAUUUCACGUGACGAGAUAUCCCUCAAGAAUCAUGACUGACAUACAGACCAUAGCCCAGAACCGUCUCCACCAAAGAAGAAAAAGCCACUUUUAAAAGCCUUGAAGGCACUGACACCACAUGAAAAUAUCUACACUGUCCCCAACAUUCUCACAGCCACCCGACUGAUUGCCGCUCCUGUAGUCGGAUAUCUGGUACUACAUGAUCAACAUGCUUGGGCAGUAGGACUCUUUGCCUAUGCAGGUAUUACGGAUUUAGUGGAUGGAUGGAUUGCAAGAAAAUGUAACUUACAGACUGUGGUUGGAACGGUAAUUGAUCCCAUGGCCGAUAAGACACUGAUGACUAUUUUGACCGUUUGUUUGGCUAUCAAGGGGGCUCUUCCAGGUAUUUAUUUACUUUCUUUUUCCUCAAACUUCUUUCACAUUACCAAAGAAAAAUAUUAAUCUAGAAUCACCCUCAACAACCAUCACCACCUUCAUACAUACUCUCUGACACAUACUCAUAUAAUUCCUAGUCUGGCUCGCAGCAAUUAUCCUCGGCCGCGACGUAGCCCUGGCCAUAUCCGCCAUCUACUUCCGCUGGAUCUCUCUCCCACCACCCAAGACUUUCACGCGGUACUGGGAUUUUAGUCUACCCUCCGCCGAGGUACAUCCCACAACCAUCAGUAAAUACAAUACCGCCCUGCAACUCGGACUCAUUGGGGCUACCACCGCUAUGCCACUCGUCGGUGCUACGAUGUGGGGAGUCGAAGUUGCUCCUAUUAUGACUGGGAUGCAGUAAGUUUACUUUUGUUUCUCCCUUAUAAUCUUGUUGUUAUUUACACCUGAGAUUAGCGACAAAUUUCUGGUUUUGAUACACCGCUACUUAUUGUGGUGGACAUGCUUUGAAAGGUGGUUUCUGAUGGUAUACAGGUACCUAGUGGCUACAACCACGAUCUGGUCCGGACUGAGUUACAUAUACACCAAAGACGCCGUCAAGAUCCUAAGCCAGGAUAAUGCUUCACCAUCUUCUUCGCCCGAAGGUUCUAAAGGGAAGAAAGAAGACUCUGAAAUAUAGGAGGUGUUUCAUUGUAAGAAUUGGAUGUAUGAAAGUACGGUGUCUUACUAUUUGUUGACCUGUACUGCAAAGCGAAAUUUGUUUACGUAUUGAAUAUUGUUGUAAGUUACAACUGUUUUAGAGGAGAACCCUCGUAUCUACAAUCGUUGUAAUUUUCCCACGGUUACUAAUAGGGCUGCAAAGGUUUACAACGGUCGUAACUUCCCACAGCGGUAGCAAUGCGAAUUUUAAAAUGGGGGGUUUUCCUGUAAGGUAUUAAAUUUUUGUCUUUUUGGGAAGACGUCAACGCGUAUUUGAUUUUCAGUCAUUUGAUUUCUCUCUGUCUUCCAUUUCUCGGGCUGUGGAGGGAGAUCUUUCAAUCUGAUUCGCUUUCCAAUCUCUCUCUUAUAACAUCACAAACUUUCAUCUUCCUCUUAUACUCCUUUCUUCUUCCUCCCCCCUCGCCUCAAAUACCCCUCACAAUCCCCUAGCACAUCGACCCCCUCUCAUCACAUCUCUAUCUCUAUCUCCUUUCUCACCCACCCAGGGAUUACAGGUCUUCUGUCCCAGCCAUCCAAAUACGCACUUCUCUCCACUCCUUCCUUCUCAGGCUUCGCAUAGAUGGCAGUGACGUACCAAACCACCUCACCCUUGUUAAUUGUAUCCUGAAGUGUGGGAAUCACGGUUCGGCUGGAGAUGAGGUUGCUGUUGGGGUCGGCGUUGACUAGCAUUGCCCAUCUCUCUUUUCUCUUUCCUCCUGCUAUACUCUCUUCCACGGCAGUGCUUUCCUCCAUCGCACAAAUCCCAACCGCUCCCUUAGAAACAGCAAAAGCCCCCUUCUCACCCGAUGAUCUACCUUCCGGCGUAUCAAGAUCAUAAUUCCCAAUGAUUUUUGGCAAUGUGCCUUCAUGUGUUUCCGUCGAGUACAGAUCAAGAUACCUCCCAUCCUCCAUCCUCUCAUUACAAAUCGCAAACGCCCCAUCCGCAGUCAUGACCUCGCGUCCAGCUUCAAUUCUAUGGAUCCUCAGAUGCCAAUUCCGUGUUUCUUCCACGGGGGGGACGAGAUAUGUUUUAAUCUUGACGUCUGGGAAUGGCUUCCAGAUGGAUUCCAGAACGGGACGCGAAUCAUGGUAGAUGAUCACGGCGGAUUCACACAACCGACGCGUUUUCCAGACCUCCCCGCCGUCGUCGGAGAGGCCUAGCUGCGAGGCGAGAGCGAAUUGCUCGAGUGUGAAGCAACCGGUUGGCACCGAGUAGCCGUAGGCAGAGCUAUAUGCGAAGGAGCCGUAUUUGGCGUGCGUGCCUUUCAUGGGAUACGAACACGCUUGACCCGAACUGAGGAUCAUCUUGUGGCCGCCUAGGUAGGAGAUGAUAUGUCCGGGGUGUUUCAACGCCUUUGUUUUUUCCAGAAGAUGCGUGGGAUAUGCUUCUUCCUCCGAGGUCCAGAAGGGAUGGCUUUCCGGUACAGCGAGGCAGAUGAAAGCUAGAAACGCCCACAUGGGGGACAUGGGGGAGUUGUAGUUCUCAGCCAUGUACGUAUUCGGGUAACAAUACCCAAUCGUCAACGUCCCCGUCGGCGACCAGAUAUCAUGCUGCGUCUGCCACCACCUCAGAUUUCUCAACAAGAGACCUUUGCCCAUCCCCCACGUCAGGGGAGCAGGCAACUCCAC